UGGGUGGGACGAGAGAUGGCUUCUGCUACCGUUCAGGAUCUGUGUGAGGAAGCCACUUGCCCCAUCUGCCUGGAUUAUUUCAAGGAUCCGGUCACUAUUGAAUGUGGGCACAACUUCUGCCGAGCCUGCCUGACCCACUGCUGGGAGGGGUCCGAGGGGGAAGAGGUUUCCUGCCCUCAAUGCAGAGAAAAAGUCCGAAGGAGCCUCUUCCCCAAUCAGCAGCUGGGAAACUUUGUGGUUUUAAGCAAGAAGCUCCGUCUUCAAGAGGAAACGAUCGCUGAGAGCAAGGAGGGAGCCUGUGGGAAGCACCGGGAGCCCCUGAAGCUCUUCUGUAAGGAUGAUGAAGCCCCCAUCUGUGUGGUGUGUGACAGAUCCAGAGAACACAGGGAUCACCAGGUGGUUCCUCUGGAAGAAGCAGCCCAGAACUACAAGGAUCUCAUCUCCAGCCACCUGAAGAUUCUGGAGAAAGGGAGAGCCAAAAUUUUAACAUUUAAAGCAAAAACAGAACAAGAAAGCCAAGACUUACUUAAACUGACAAAGGGAGAGAUGGAAAAGACAAAGGAACAAUUCAGAGAACUUCAGUCCUUUCUGAAGGAACAAGAGAAGAUUCUGUUGGCCCAGUUGGAAGAGGCGGAGAAGGAGAUUGCAAGGGAAAGGGACAAGCAUCUGGCCAGGCUCUCCGAGGAGCUCUCCUCUCUUGGAGGUCUCAUCCAGGAGAUGGAGCAGAAGCAUCAGCAGCCCCCAGGUGAACUCCUGCAGGAUGUCAGAAACCUCUUGCAAAGGGAUGGGAACAUGGAACCCUUUCAGAAUCCUGUGGCUUUCUCUCUUGAGCUGAAGUGGGAGAUCUGGGAUGUCCAUGAGAGGAAUCUCUUUCUAACUGAGAUGAUGAAGCAGUUCAGAGUUUGCUCCAGUGCAGGAUCUGCUCAGGGGGACCCUCAGAUGCCAUUCCUCCGUCCUGGUCCGGAGGCCUUGGAGGCGGGUGUCAUCUGA